AUGGACAGGAAACUGAAUCUAAACCGAGCCGAGACGUUCUCCUUCGUCAACCCCUGGAUCCGAUAUUUCCUCUUCUUCUUCAGCUUCUUGUUCUGGGUUUUCUCAUUGUUGAUUGUUGCAAUCGGGGUCUACGCUAAAGUCCAGAAAGCUACAGACACGGUGCGGGACACGUUCCUGAUCGACCCAGCUGUCAUCCUAAUUGUGGUGGGGGUGGUCAUGUUCUUCAUUACUUUCUGUGGCUGCAUCGGAGCCCUGCGAGAGAACAUUCGCCUCCUCAAGACAUUCUCCUUCAGCCUGACUCUGGUCUUCAUCACCCAGUUGGCCAUCGCCAUUAUGGGCUUCUUCUACUCCGAUCAGACUCGGGAUGCUUUGGGAAAGUUCGUGAAGAAAGCCAUCGUGCACUACAGGGAUGACCUGGAUCUGCAGAACCUGAUGGAUCACAUCCAGAAAGAGUUCAAGUGUUGUGGGUGGAACAACUACACAGACUGGUCUUGGAACCUGUACUUCAACUGCACACUUACCAACCCCAGCACCGAGCGCUGCUCUGUACCUUACUCCUGCUGCACUCCUGUUCCCGGAGAGGUGCUGAUUAACACCAUGUGCGGUUUCGGGGUUCAAACCCAAACCUACCUGGAGGCCAACGAGUCGAUCUACCCGGUGGGCUGUGCGGACCGGGCGGUGAUGUGGAUCGAGUCUCAUCUGCUGCUGGUGGGGGGGCUCGCUCUGGGACUGGCCCUGCCGCAGAUUGCAGGGAUCGUGCUGUCCCAGAUCCUGAUCUCUCAGAUCCAAGAUGAGAUUACCUCAGUGUUGUGA